UUUAUUUUUGUAUGUGAUUGGGAAAUGAAUAAUAUUACAUAGUAUGUCUUUAAUACUUAAAACAGAACAUUUCACUUUACUAGAUCACAGGAAACAUACUCUCUGCUUGUAUGAAAAAGUAAAAUCUGAUGGACAUGUAUCAAACUUAGGAUUAUUAUUGAGACUGUUUUCUAUAUUGAGCCAGGACAAUAAAACAGUUAGGAGAAAAAGAUGCCACGAAGAAAUUAAAGCUCAUGACGAGACCUUAUUAGUGAGAGAACAAUUCAAGAGAUUCUUGUUGGAAAUUAGUUUUGAAGUGAAAAAUGAACUUACAAAGAAAUACAAUGUGUUAAAUACACAUGCCGUGAGGGAUUUAGCUCAAGAGCUUCACAAAUCUACCAUUUUUGCCUUUAGUGGAAUGAAUGGAGGGAACAAUUUAGAUGUACCUUUGAAAUGUAAAAUUAUGGAUAAUUACUUUUUAAUACCAAGUAAUUCAAGGUUUCUUUGUGGCUGUGUUAAGGAGCAAUGUCUAAAGUUGAAAGGAAAUAAAUAUGACAUAGUUGUUGCUGAUCCACCCUGGUGGAAUAAGUACAUAAGGAGACUGAAAGGGGCAAAUGAUAAGUUAAGCUACAGCAUGAUGUACAAUGAAGAUAUAGCAUCAAUACCAGUCCGAGACCUGUUGUCACCAAACUGCCUCAUAGCCAUGUGGUGUACCAACUCUCCUAGCAAUAUAUCCGCUGUCAAAGACUUAAUAUUCCCUUCAUGGGGAGUGGAAUAUGUCACAACUUGGUACUGGCUGAAGGUCACUGUAGACUUGGAGCCCGUUUGUGCCUUCAGUGGAGGAAGUAAAAAGCAGCCGUAUGAGAGAAUAAUUCUAGGCAAAGUUGGUGAGGUUUUAGACUUGCCCGACUCUCAUUUAGUUGUCAGUGUGCCUAGUGCAUUGCAUUCUCAUAAGCCACCAUUGUUAGAUAUAUUAUCACAAUACGUAAAGAGCACACACCGUCCACAAGUGCUAGAGUUGUUUGCGCGGUAUCUUUUACCGAACACCACGAGCGUUGGUUACGAACCGUUGAAAUGGCAACACAUCUCCUUGUACGAAGAGGUUACGUAAGAUUAAUAAAAUAUAUUUUUAAAAUUA